AGUAACAGUCACUUCAGGUUCAAAGGUUCGGUCACACUGGGAACUGCGAAAACUUACUUCGGUGGCAGUUAAAGAAAACACUUGCUUAUUUGUAGCUGUGUUAUUAGUAGUUCUAGAGAAUCUGACAUGGGAAAGAAGCAGGCAGGUACAGGGCCACUGUCGAGGCGUCCGGAUAACUCCGCGUUUAAACAGCAGAGGUUACCCGCCUGGUCUCCAUCUCUCACGGCAAACACCGUGCUGCCUACCUUCUAUAUCCUCUCUCUCGUGUGCUUGUUACUGGGCAUAUGGCUCCUCAUCACUGUUGAGAACACACACGAACUAAAGGUGGACUACACCAAUGCUGGAACAUGUGAAGAAUGCUUCAAUUUGAGGAAGAGUCCCAACGACUCCACAAAAGCCUGCACGUGCACAGUCAGCUUCCACGUACCGACAACCUUUCCGGGCGAUGUUUUCUUUUACUACGGUCUGAGGAACUUUCAUCAGAACCUGCGGAGGUACAUGGACUCCCGCGAUGAUGCACAGAUGGUGGGGAGGAAGAACAACCUGAAGACACCGAGUUCAUACUGCGCUCCCUUCGAUUACGAUGCAGACAGAAACCCCAUAGCCCCCUGCGGUGCCGUGGCCAACAGUAUGUUCAAUGACUCAUUAACAGUGAUGUAUAAUCUAAUGGAUGGGUCAAAAAUACAAGUCCCACUCUACAGGAAGGGCAUUGCUUGGUACACGGACAAAAACGUCAAGUUCCGUAACCCUUCAACCAACAACACAUUCCCUCUCCAACAAGCCUUUGAAGGCACGACUCGGCCCUUGUAUUGGCAGCGUCCGGUUUAUGAGCUGGAUGACACAGACUCCAACAACAAUGGCUUUAUAAAUGACGACCUGAUUGUUUGGAUGAGAGAGGCGGCCUUCCCUAAUUUCAAAAAGCUUUAUGGGGUUCUCAAUCGUGCUCAAGGGCCUUUCACUGAAGGCCUGCCUGCUGGCAACUACACCCUCUCUAUAAAUUACAAUUUUCCUGUCGAGCCCUUUAGAGGUCGGAAGGAGCUGGUGAUCUCGACGGUGACCUGGUUUGGUGGGCAGAAUUACUUCCUGCCCAUAGCAUACCUGGUCACCAGUGGACUGAUCUUGGUGACGGCUGUCGUACUCACAACGGUGUAUGUGAAAGUGGGCAAAAGGGGCAAGAACAUGGAGGAAUAGACCAAAAGAUGGAAAUGUCCAUCAGAAAACAAUGAUGAAAAAUUGCACUCGAGCCAUUAUUAAGCAGACGAAAGCAGUACAAAUGUAUUAUUUAAUUUAACUUUAUAUUGGGUUUUCUAAUUUUGAGAAUAAAUUGAACAAAACCUAUUUGAUACGAUUGUAUAAUAAAAUAUAUAGUUGGAUAUAUAGUGAAAAAUAUUCAGUGAAAUCAUGUGCGCUAUUUGUCAAUUUGUACUAAAAUUGUUUUGCUUAAAAUAUACUUUGUAAUUGAAACAAACAAACCUGUAUAAAAGCAGAACAUUGCAAAACAGAAACAUUUUCACAAGUGGACUUUUGAACCCCACUGUACGCUACAUAUUUAUAUCCUGAUGACAUGUAAAAACUGGCCUGUAUUUCCAGACAGGAAAUGAGUAAUGGAUAAUUAUCAUUUCCAGCUGUCUUGAAUCAUUGCACUGGGGUCUUUUCUCACAUUUGACACAUUCUAAGUUUGGAAUGGCAUACUACUAAUUUAUGUAUGUUAUAUGUAUAUUGUGCAUAGUAUGCAAAUUUACUUUCUACUGCACAUAACCAUAUGACUUAUGUGUAAAAUGUGCAGUAGACAAAGGGUACACUUGACUUGAUCUAGUUACAGUGAGAUGGAUGAGCCAACAGCAACCGUAUACUGUUUAAAAACAAUUUAUUAAAAUACAUUAUAUAUAAUAAUAGCAUAAAGUGCUAUAUAUGCAGUAAGGAGUGUACUAGUAAUUUGUCCUAACUACCAGCAGGGGGCGUCUUUGACAAUUUACGAAAUCUUGAUCUGUGAACACACAAUUACCACCUGUGUUUACUGAACUCUGCAUUUACUUGCUAGGACUAUAUACUGUACAACAUACAACAGUGCAUAGUUAUUUUUCAUUUAAAAGUUGUAGAAGAAUACCAUAGUUUGCACACUUGGCUUAUGUAUUUCUUAUGCGCUAAGUAGUUUAAAGUGACUCUUUUGUCAGUAUGCAGUGUCACUCAGACGCUAGAAUCCUACUUUCAGGAAAUUUUAGGUCUUUUGUCAGUCUAAAUUAUUUGUGAUUGUUUAAUAAUUGUUAAUGAUAAAUUUAUUUAGUAGCAAAGUGUGACAUAAGUGUUUUCUAAUUCCUUUAUAAUUAUUACCAAUAUUAUAUAUACUAUUGAGGGAGGGACUAUGUGGAAUUUAUCAUUUAAAGAUCUUUUGUCAGUGCAAGACACUUUGAAUGAAGUAUACAGUGUAUUUAAAAUAUUGAAAAAUAACAUGUCUUUUAACAUAUAAUUUUCAGUGUAUAUCUUUAUGUACAUUUUUAAAUUAAAUUUUCAUGUUUAAAAA